UUCUUGAUCAAAUAGAUAUGGCCAUUUAUGCUGCUUCAUCCUCUUCCUCUGCUCCAUCCCUGCCCAAAAAAGUAUGAUGAUUUCAUCAUCUUUAGGGGUGAGGACGCUCGCUCCAACUUCACUGGCCACCAAUAUAGACUGCCAACCCCCCAAAGGACAUGAGAUCUCACCAUCACUUCUGCGAGCAAUCGAGGAUUCAUGUUAUGCUUCUUCGAGAUUGUACUCGGAAGUUAAUGGGCAGAUCGUUAUUCCUGUCUUCUAUAUAGUUGAGCCAUCUCAUGUGCGCAAUCAGAUUAGGCUUUACGAGCAAGCCUUUGAGAAAUUUGAGAGAGAUCUCAAGGACAACCAGCAUAAGAUGCAAAUCUGGAAGCAAGCUUUCAACGAAGCUGCAAACUUAGCUGGUGACGACUCUCACACAUGCAGGUAAUAAAUUCAUUCACAUUCUUCUAUUCACAAAUGAUGGCGUUAGCAAUGAUUCACUGAUGGAUCAAGUAAUUAGGAAAUCUUAAUCAUUUUCUGAUAAAUAUAUAUAUAUUUUUUAAAUGCUCAUGGGCAAUGCUGAACCCGCUACCGGGCAAGCGAGGCCUUGGUUUUCAGCAACGCUGGUUUUCCUCAAAAGUGAUCUAGGACUCCCUGAGGGAAAGUUAGGAUUUGCUUACGAGCAAACGAGGACAUUUCACCUCUGGAUGGCUCACCAGGACAUGGCCCCUGAUGCUGCUUCGUCCUCUGCCUCUGCUAAAUUUUCCAUCAAGAAAUAUGAUGUUUUCAUCAGCUUUAGGGGUGAAGACACUCGUGCCAACUUCACGAGCCAUCUUUAUGAAGCGUUCUGCAGGAAGAAAAUAAGAACAUACAUAGACUCCAAACUUCCCAAAGGAGAUGAGAUCUCAGCUGCACUUACGCAAGCAAUCAAGGAUUCCUACGCCUCUGUUGUGGUAUUCUCAGAAAAUUAUGCUUCUUCAAGAUGGUGCUUGGAUGAACUCACCCACAUACUUCAUUGCAAAAGGGUUCAAGAACAGAUUGUUAUUCCAGUAUUUUAUAAAGUUGAGCCCUCUCAUGUGAGAAAUCAGACUGGCCUUUACAAGCAAGCAUUUGAGACCUAUGAGAGAGACGUCAAGGUCAACCAACACAAGGUGCAAAUGUGGAAGCAUGCGCUCAAUGAAGCUGCAAACUUAGCUGGUUAUGACUCACACACUUUCAGGGAUGAAUCUGAACUGAUUCAAAAGACUGUCAAAGACAUAUUGCAGAAGUUGAGUCACAAAUAUCCACCUGCUGAUUUGAAAGCACUUGUCGGUAUUGAUGAAAAGUGCAGGGAGAUUGAAUUAUUGUUAAGAGAUUUUGAAACCAUUGGAAUUUGGGGCAUGGGGGGUAUUGGCAAAUCAACCGUUGCCAAAACUAUAUUUGUCAAAUACUCUUCCCAUUAUGAAGGCUCUUGCUUCUUGGAAAAUGUAAGAGAAAAGUCUGAAAAUGGACUUGCUGAAUUACGUUAUAAGUUUAUCUCCUGUUUAUUAAAGGAAGAAGAUACUUGUACUGAUCCUUUAACAACUUUUGUUCUAUCUAGACUUAGUCGUAUGAAAGUUUUUGUUGUUCUUGACGAUAUCAGUACUGUGGAGCAAUUAGAAUAUUUGGUGGGAGAACCAUUUUGCUUUGGGCUGGGAAGUAAAAUUCUCAUCACAACUAGGGACAAGCAUGUGCUUAGCAAAGGAGUUGAUGAAAUAUAUAAGGUUAAGGAAUUGGACUUCCACCAAUCCCUUAAACUUUUCAGCUUGAAUGCCCUCAACACUAGCCUGCCGAUAAUGGGAUAUGAAGAACUAACAAAAAGGGCAGUUGCUUAUGCAAAAGGAAUUCCAUUGGCUUUAAAAGUUUUGGGUUCAUAUCUCCGUGGCAAAAGUGAGGUUGAAUGGAAUAGUGCAUUGAGAAAACUUGAGAAGACUCCCCAUGAAAACAUUCAAAGAGUGUUGAGAUUGAGUUAUGAUGGACUGAAUCAUGAAGAAAAGAACAUAUUUCUAGAGAUUGCAUGCUUUUUGAAGGGAAUGUUGAAAGAACAUGUGAUCAGCCUAUUGGAUUGCUACAACUUCUAUGGAGCUAUUGGCAUAAGAACACUUCAUGAUAAGGCUCUCAUAAAUGCAAAUGAUCACAUGCCUGUAGAGAUGCAUGAUUUGAUACAAGAAAUGGGGUGGGAAAUUGUUCGUGAAGAAUCUAUCAAUGAACCCGGAAGACGGAGUCGAUUAUGGGAUUGUGAAGAAAUCUAUGAUGUUUUGGCUAAUAACAAGGGGACUGAUAAACUUGAAGGCAUAAUGUUAGAUGUGUCUCGAAUCAAAGAUAUACAUUUGAACGCCGACACUUUCAAAAGGAUGUCUAAUCUGCGAUUUCUUAAAUUUUAUUCUGAUUUAAACCAUCGCUCAAGUCAUGUAUAUUUACCAAAAGUUCUUGAGUUUUUUCCUAGCAAAAUAAAGUAUCUAGAGUGGUAUGGAUACCCACUUAAAUCUCUGCCACCAACUUUUCGUCCUGAAAAUUUGGUUGAGCUUCACAUGCCAAAUAGCCACGUUCAAAAGCUUUGGAAUGGAAUUCAGGAUCUCGUGAAUUUAGAAGAGAUAAACCUUAGCGGAUGCAAACGGUUGAAGGAGCUGCCAAAUUUCUCUAAAGCCUUAAAUCUGAAAGUAGUAUCUCUUGUUGAUUGUGAAAGUUUGCAAUAUGUUCAUUCUUCUAUUUUGUCUCUCCACUCGCUUGUUGAAUUGGACUUAUGCCGGUGCAAGAGACUGAGGAAACUGAAAACUAAGUUUCAUUUAAAAUCUCUACAAUACAUUCGAGUGGAUGAGUGCAUCAGUCUCAAGGAAUUUUCAGUGUCAUCAGAAAAAAUAAAGGAGUUGAAUCUGUGUCACACAGGAAUCGAAAAUUUGCACUCGUCCAUAGGGCAUUCAAGUAAUCUGGAAGUGCUGGAUCUGUUUGGCUUAAGACUGAAGAAAAUUCCAAAGCAGUUAUCGUGCUUGAGAACAUUGACAAUGCUCAGGCUUCCUAAUUGUGAACUGCUUGAUAAUUCGAUGCUACAUAUGUUAUUUGGGGGCAUGUUGUCUCUAACUGUAGUAUAUUUGACAGAUUGUAGUCACAUAACUGAACUUCCCAACAACACAGAACAUCUUUUAAGGUUGGAAUGUCUCUUCUUAUCGAACUGCAGGAAGCUUCGUUCUUUACCAAAACUUCCACCAUCCAUUGCAACCUUAGAUGCCUACAACUGCAUGUCAUUAGAGAUAGUGUCAACCUUUAGACCACUGCACAGGAGUGAAAAAUACUUCUCAUUUAUGAAUUGCGUGAAACUGAAUGAACAAUCACUUCAUAGUAUCAUAGAAGACGCCUAUUCUAUAAUCAAUGCAGCUGCUUGCAGGUUUCAACAAGAAAGAAAGGCUAAAGGUGCUCGUAGUUUGAUUUGCUUUCAUGGAAGUUUAGUACCUGAGUGGUUCAGAUAUCGAACAGAAAAAGGCUCCGUCAUAAUUGAAGUCCUUUAUAAUUCAGACUUGUUGGGAUUUUCUCUCUGCGUUGUUCUUCAGUUUCACUCAGAGAAAUCAUGUUAUGUUGCCCUAAACUGUGCGUGCUACUUGGGAGGUUUUAAUGUGGCAAAUUUACCGUACAAUAAUCUGUUUCUUCCAAAUAUGAACUCUGAUCAUGUGUACAUAUGGAAUAAUGAGUUUGGUUCUGGUGAGAUAUUGAAGGCGAUUGAAAGACGAGGAAAUGAAGAGUCACUCACUGACAUAAAGCUUUGCUUUGAAUUCAGUGUAGAACCUCGUUUUGGGUACGAGGUUGGUAACAUCAACGAGGUAGUUGGUAUCAAAGAAUGUGGGGUAUGUCCAUUAUAUGUCUCAGAAUGUCAGAAAUUCUCUCCACAAAUGGAAAUGGUGAAGAAUAAGAAGAGGCCUCGUGAUGUUGAUGAACAACAGCCACUUAUUCAGUUGAAGAAGCUCAAGAUUGACUAUGAUUCCCAUGCCGACACAUGUCAUGAUAUUGAUGAAUUGAAGGCUCUUUUCAUGGCAAUUAACAUCAGCUGAAAUCCCUUCUUCACCACCAACUCUGUUAUAUGGAGCUUCCGUUUCAUCUCAAACUUGUUCCUACAAUGAAACCAAGACCCUCAUGCAAGUAACUUUCUUAUUAGUCAUUGCUUAAUCCAUAUCAAACUCUGUCUCUCUUGCUCUCUCAUAAUAUUUUUCCUUUUUAUUAGGCU